CUACAGAUUUAUUAUAUGUAUAGAUAUACAGAUAAGCGAAUAUCUCUAAUAAUUGAUAUAAAUAGCGAUAGUUCGCUUGUUUAUUUGACAAUUCAAAAUGGUGGCUCUUAGUGUACUGGUGGUCUCCGCUAUAGUCGCUGCUGUGUCAGCGAUCCCAGCGGCAGUGGACCCGGUGAUUACCAAGAUAGACCCUGAGGGUCUUCGCUACGGAUACAUCAGGGAUGAUGAAGGGAAUCCUCACCUCGUGGACUCCUGGCUGAAAGCCAGCGACCUCAGGAACAUGGCCAGAUACAACCCUGAUGUGGACAAUGAGUACCAUCUUUACACCAGAUCCAACCCACUAGUGAGCCAGCCGCUGGUCCAGGGCAACAACGCCCUCCUCGCCGCCAGCCACUUCGACCCCAGCAAGCGGACCAUCAUCCUCAUCCACGGCUUCCUCGGCAACAUCCUCAGUGGAUUCAACACUGUUCUCGUGCCUGCUUUUAUUCUGGCCGGUGAUGUGAACGUCAUCGUGGUUGACUGGGGCGCAGGUGCUCACUUAGGUUUCAACGGAAUCAGCUCUGGUCGCAGUGUGGGUCGCUUCAUCGACUGGUUGAACCAGGCAUCUGGUGCCAAUGUGGAGAACUACCACAUCCUGGGAUACAGUGUUGGUGCUCACCAGGCCGGUAUUGUCGGCAGGAGUCUGCUUGGCCGUCCCAGCUACCUUACUGCCAUGGACCCAGCCGACCGUUGGCUCGCCAGCCAGGCCGUCCGAUCUGAUGAUGCAGUCUACACCGAAGUAAUCCAUACCAACAUCGGUAACAUCGGGCAGGAGGCACCCGCUGGGGAUGUAGACUUUUACCCCAAUGGUGGGAUUGACAUGCCUGGGUGUGCUACUGCUGUUUGUGACCAUUACAGAUCCUACUUCUACAUGGGCGAGUCUCUAGCCACUGGUGGGUUCACCGGCAUCCAGUGCGCAUCAGUAGCUGAAGCCAAGUCUGGCAACUGCUCAGGACCUGCCACUCUCCCAAUGGGAGGACUACAGCCUAAGACUGGAUCCAAGGGUAUCUACUACGUUCGUACCAACGGCUCCCCCCCAUUCUCCCAGGACUAAGCGAGACGCCAUGACGGACAAACUUACUAACUAACUAACUAACUAAUUAAUUAUUAUUAUUAAUAAAAUCUCCUUUAUGAUUA